CAUGAAAUAACCUACUACAAUGUAGAGUGUCAUGUUUGACAAUUCGCCGCGAUAACAUCAUUAAUUGUCAGUUUCUCUUUUUGACACAGGACGAAUUCUUUUUCCUGUUUUUUAUUAAUUAAAAAAUGGAAGAAGAAUUCCUAGCCAAGAACAACCCAUGUGGGCAAACUUUGCUCGAAUUGGUAUCAAGAGGGAACGUUAUAAUCGCCGAAUUAUUAAGGCUCAAAGAUCAUAUACCAGCAAUUUUUAAAUUAGAAACUAAACAGGAUGUUCAAAAAUAUGGGGAAAUAUUGUUGGAUUUUGGAUAUUUCAAUUCUCCUGAAGUAGUUGAGCAAAAGAUUGAAAACAGUUUGACUUUAAGAGAACUGUCCGAAGAAAUACGAGAGUAUUAUGGAGAUAUUUUAAUUAGAUUUUACAAUGCUUAUGAAAGUGUUUACAAGUAUAUUUCUGAUCUUAAUACCUUCAUCGAAGAACUUGAAGAAGGUGUGUACAUCCAACAGACCAUGGAUACUGUUUUUCUUAGUGAAGAUGGCAUGCAAUUAAUGUGUGAGAGUGUGUAUUUGUAUGGAGUAAUGUUGUUCAUACUUGAUUUGUACCAUAUCGGUCCUGUUAGGGAGAGAUUGAUUGUAUCUUAUUCUCGUUACAACAUAACUGUUGUAAUGUUGGAUCAGGUUUGCAAGCUGAUGCGCUGCAGUGGUUUUAUUAAUGGCACAAAUAACAAACGGCCGCAAAAUUACCCACAGGACUUGUUCAAGAGAAUCCCAGUCAAUGAGAAACUGGUCAGUGUGAUCAUUGGAAAGUUGAGGACUGAUGACAUUUACCAUCAACAAAAAGCACUGCCGCUUCCUCAGCACAAGACGACAGCAUUGGCCCAGCAGUCUGCAAUUUUGUUUGUCGUACUGUUCUUUGCUUCAAAUAUUCUUCAUAACCAGACUUCCAGAAUGAGAGAAAUCGUUGAUAAAUAUUUUCCAGAUAAUUGGAUUGUUAAUAUUUAUAUGGGCAUAACAAUAAAUUUAAUUGAUAUUUGGGAACCAUUUAAAGCUGCAAGGACUGCAUUGGCAAAUACUCUCGAGACUGUUAACAUUCAAGAAUGCGCCUCAAUGUACAGAAAGGACCUAAAUAGGCUCCUUGUUGAAACAGAUGAGAUGCUGAUGGAAGGAAAGUUGACAAAAUCAUUUCUUAUGGAUAAUGUAAGCAAGAUAGUUUCACUAGCACGGGAGUGUAAUGUUACACUGCGCUGGCUGAUGCUGCACAGGGCACAGCGGGUGACGUUUGUUGAAACGCUGAAAAAAUGCAAGACAGUGCGUGACGAGGUUAUUUCAAUGGUAAAUCACUCGGACAGUAAAAUACUUCAACUACUUCUCAACACAGCUCAGUUUGAAGUUAUAAUUUGCAACAUGUUCAAGACAGUUUUAGAUCAAAGAAGUGAUGAGUGGUCAGAAGGGAAAAAAGAAAGUUUAAUUCGUAUUAACGAGUUGUCAGAGGUUUUUUCUGGAAGUAAACAUAUAAUGAGAGUGAAAAAGAAUGAUAGUUUAAAGAAAUGGUUUGAUGGGAUUGCUGAGCAGAUUGAAACUCUAAGCCUCGAUGAACCAAACAUCUCUGCUCGGAAGAUCGCCCAGCUGAUUGAAGCCUUGGAAGAAGUGCAAGUCUUUCAGCAGAUGACAAGGAAUCUAGGGGUUAAACAACUUGCAACAGAAACUUGUUCUUUACUUAGGAACAUGCUGGCAGCGGUGAACAUCCGAGAUACUCUUUAUGUUCAUAUGCAGAUAAUUGGCGAUUUCAGCUAUGGUUGGCUUGUUAUUGACAAUUAUACACACUUGAUCCAGCUGAGAAUUAAGCAAAACCCAAGUCUUGUUCAUAAACUAAGGGCAAUGUUUUUAAAGUUAAGUUCUGCAAUGGAAACAUCGCUUUUGAGGAUAAACCAAGCAGAGGAUAAGAAUCUUCCUUCAGUAUCACAAUACUACAGCAAUCAACUUGUCAAGUAUGCGAGAAAUCUUCUUCAAGUUAUCCCAAGGGAGAUGUUCCAGAUAAUGUCAGAGAUUACAAAAAUACAAACAACCCAAAUCCCUGAUUUGCCGACGAGGAUGGAAAAAGAUAAAAUUAAAGAGUUUGCUCAGCUUGAGGAGAGAUUCCAUGUAUCGAGGCUGACAAAUGAAGUGUCCGUUUUUUCUACUGGGCUUUUGAACAUGCCCAACACUCUUGUUGGGAUCGUAUGCGUAGAGCCAAAACAACUGCUUGAAGAGGGCAUCAGAAAAGAACUAUUUUUACAUAUUAACAAAGCUUUUGAAACUGGACUCACUUUCUCUUCUAAAUUAAAAAGUUCUGAUUUGGUUUUGAAACUAGAGGAGCUUGGAAUGGUAAUGCAAGGGCAUAAAAACUCUUUUGAAUACAUCCAAGAUUACAUGGGGAUUAAUGGUGUUAAAAUGUGGCAGGAGGAAUUUAAAAGAGUUAUAAAUUCAAAACUUGAAGAUGAUUGUCGAUUACUGAGAACUAAAAGUGCUAAUUUGGACCUUCAAACUAUUUCUUUCAUCGGUAGACUCUGUAAACACAUCAUAGAGAUAACUGAUCCAAAAGUGACAUUUUUUUCUGAGCAAGAUACUUUAUGGCUUGAUCGGAAGACAAAAGCAAAAAUAAUAGAUCUUAAGUUUUUCAAGACUUUGAUGAAGGCCAUUGGCGUUCCAGGGCUUGUUGCUGUCAACAAAAUAAUCUGUUUUAUUAUCACUAAACAGCUUCAGAAUUUGGUGAAUUUUUUAUCAAAAGAAGCGAGUAACAACAAAGCUUGGUCAGAUAUAUUUGGAAACCUUUCAAAAUCAUUGAGUCCAUGCUCGUUGAUCAUAGACCAGCCAGCGAAAUUUUACCCAAAUUCUGUGAACAAACUGCAAAAACUGUUCUCAGCAGGGCUUUUCGAUACUUUGAUUUCUGUAGGCCAACUGCAACUUCUACGCAAACAGAUUUGCUUCACUUUGAAUCAUACUGCGAAAAUACAUGCUCGAAAUUACACAUCUUCUCUUUCAGUAUUGAACGAUGGGUUGCUUUUUGAGGUGAAACAACAUUUGAGAGAUCCUAAAUUGUUUUGCCCUCCUUCAGAAGAACUUAUGAAACUAGCGCCUUUAUUGGAUUCUGUUGGACUUAGUGAUCCUUACAUGCAAAUUUAUAUCACAACGAAAGGCCUGCCUUACAUGGGACUCUUGCUUUUUUUGUUUACAUCGUCAUUCAUGAGUAAAUUCAGCCUCGACAAAACCACAGGCAACAUGACAUGCAAAAAAACCGGAGAAGGUUUGACCCCGUUCACAAUAGGUUUGCAGACGUUAUUAAGACAAUUCCAUCCACAGGUCACAGACCAUUAUAUCACUUAUGCCUGCCAGUACAUAAAGUCACAUAUGUUUACAAUCUCUAUAAAUAGUAAACCCGAGAUUCCACAAGAAGCUCUAAGCAUGUUGCAGUUCCUGGAAGACCUCGUGGAAUAUAUUGGAUGUGGCAGAAAUUCAAUCGCUCAACAUAUUCCUCUUGUGAUUGUCAAUCUUUUUGGGCGAAGCAUUGCUGCUUAUACUGACUCUUAAUGCCAAUUUAAAAGUAUAUAUUUAAGAAAAUGUAUUUUUGUGUGUUACUUAUUCUUUAUGUAUAUCUUUGUUAAAUAAUUGU